GUACUCGAAUCACUUUGCCUCUUUUCAGUUUCCAGGUUCAGUUUCAGUAACUAGAAUUCUGUUCAUUGUAACACAUGUGAACGCACCUUUACAUUUUAGAACUGUUUCGGAGUGUGCCAUCUUAUGGCAUUAUCAAUGUAAGAAUUGGUAGGAAACGAAAUUCGGUCCUCUGCUAUUAUCUUUACAUUUGAUCGAAAGUCUGUGCAUAUAUUAUACUUAUGUGAUGAUAUAAAACCAAAGUUAUUCAUCAAAUAUUUUAAAUAGUGCAACGUGAAUAUUCUGGUGGAGUUCUCGAGAAUAACCUACUAUUUGCUAGGUUUCAACGCUACACGAUGGAUUCCAUUCCCAGAACUCACGAAGAUAUCGAAGCACAAAUAAGAGAAAUACAAUCUAAGAAGAAAGAAAUACAAAAUGCUGCAGCAGAGAAAGAUCAAGUAGGUCUAGGGAAAACUGGUUUCUAUGAUCAGGAUAUUUAUGAUGGAAGCAAUAAUAAAUAUGAAGGCUAUGUUACAUCUAUUGCAGCCAACGAUGAAAUUGAGGAUGAAGACUAUGAACCAACUACAUUUAGCACGAAUAAAAGACCAGGCUAUAAUGCUCCAGCAGCAUUACUUAAUGAUGUUGCACAGAGUGAGAAAGAUUACGAUCCAUUUGCGGAUAGACGACGACCCACCAUAGCAGAUAGAGAAGAUGAAUAUAGACAAAAGCGGCGAAGAAUGAUUAUAUCUCCAGAACGUGUUGAUCCUUUUGCAGAAGGUGGCAAAACUCCAGACAUCGGUUCUCGAACAUACACAGAAAUUAUGCGGGAACAGUUACUCAAAGGAGAGGAAACAGAGUUAAGAAAGAAACUAGCUGAAAAAGCCAAAGAGGGAACUUUAAAAGCAAAUGGUGAACCUAAGCCAGCACCUAAAAAAAGAGGUCGGUGGGAUCAAACAGAUGAUGCUCCAACCCCUAAAAAGCCAAGUGGUACUACAGCAACACCAACAUCUUGGGAUAAUGCAGAUGUAACACCAGCUGCUAUCAGAUGGGAUGAAACACCUGGCCAUGGUAAAGGUGGAGAAACUCCUGGUGCGACACCAGGUGUAAGUACAAGGAUGUGGGAUGCUACUCCCGGACAUGCUACACCUGGUGCAGCUACUCCUGGCAGGGAAACUCCUUCACAUGAAAAAACUGUUUCAAGUCGUAGAAAUCGUUGGGAUGAAACGCCAAAAACUGAACGCGAAACACCUGGACACAGUAGCGGUUGGGCUGAAACACCGAGGACUGAUCGUGUCGCGGGAGAUUUAAUUCAAGAAACACCAACACCGUCUGCUAGUAAACGUCGUAGCCGAUGGGAUGAAACGCCUUCAAAUCAAACACCUGGUUCUAUGACACCGCAAACUCCAGCAACUCCGUUAACGACACCCCAUCAAACUUCAAUUUUAACUCCCAGUGGAGUGACACCAACAGGUCCUAAGGCUAUGGGAUUGGCUACUCCAACACCUGGACAUUUAAUGUCGAUGACACCGGAACAACUUCAAGCAUAUCGUUGGGAACGAGAAAUUGAUGAAAGAAAUAGACCUCUUUCUGAUGAUGAAUUGGAUGCUCUGUUUCCACCUGGGUACAAAGUUCUACAGCCACCAGCAGGAUACAUUCCAAUUCGCACGCCAGCAAGGAAACUCACUGCUACGCCGACCCCGAUUGCCGGUACUCCGCAAGGUUUCUUCAUUCAAACCGAGGACAAAACUGCAAAAUUUGUGGAUAAUCAACCGAAAGGAAAUUUACCUUUCAUGAAGCCGGAAGAUGCUCAAUACUUCGACAAAUUAUUGGUUGACGUUGACGAGGAAACGCUUAGCCCCGAAGAGCAGAAGGAAAGAAAGAUCAUGAAAUUACUUUUAAAAAUUAAGAAUGGCACACCGCCAAUGAGAAAAGCGGCUCUCAGACAAAUUACUGAUAAAGCAAGGGAAUUUGGCGCUGGCCCGUUAUUUAAUCAAAUACUUCCGCUCCUUAUGUCGCCUACAUUAGAGGAUCAAGAACGGCAUCUUCUUGUAAAGGUCAUCGACCGUAUUCUGUAUAAACUGGAUGACUUGGUCAGACCUUACGUACACAAAAUUUUGGUUGUCAUUGAACCUUUACUAAUUGACGAAGAUUAUUAUGCUCGUGUAGAGGGUAGAGAAAUUAUAUCUAAUUUAGCAAAAGCAGCCGGAUUGGCGACGAUGAUCUCUACGAUGAGACCGGAUAUUGAUAACAUCGAUGAAUACGUGCGCAACACAACAGCGAGAGCGUUCGCUGUUGUAGCUUCAGCGUUAGGAAUUCCUUCUUUACUUCCGUUUCUUAAAGCCGUGUGUCGCAGUAAAAAAUCGUGGCAAGCUCGUCACACGGGUAUUAAAAUAGUACAACAAAUCGCUAUUCUUAUGGGAUGCGCUAUAUUACCACAUCUGAAGAGCUUAGUAGAAAUUAUAGAACACGGUUUGGUCGAUGAGCAACAGAAAGUCCGUACUAUUACUGCUUUGGCUAUUGCUGCCUUGGCUGAAGCGGCAACACCAUAUGGUAUUGAAAGCUUCGAUUCUGUUUUGAAGCCACUUUGGAAAGGUAUUCGUACUCACCGAGGAAAAGGUUUAGCUGCUUUCUUAAAAGCUAUUGGUUAUUUAAUUCCUCUUAUGGACGCCGAAUAUGCCAACUAUUACACGCGUGAAGUAAUGUUGAUUCUUAUACGUGAGUUUCAAUCUCCCGAUGAAGAAAUGAAGAAGAUUGUUUUAAAAGUAGUAAAACAAUGUUGUGGAACGGAUGGUGUGGAAGCACAGUAUAUCAAGGAUGAAAUCCUUCCACAUUUCUUCAAGCAUUUUUGGAAUCACCGUAUGGCUCUAGAUCGCAGAAAUUAUAGACAGCUCGUAGACACAACAGUGGAAAUCGCAAAUAAAGUUGGUGCAUCAGAAAUCAUAAACCGUGUAGUGGAUGAUCUAAAAGAUGAAAAUGAACAGUAUAGAAAGAUGGUUAUGGAAACUAUUGAAAAAAUAAUGGGUAAUUUGGGAGCUGCAGAUGUCGAUUCACGUUUGGAAGAACAGCUCAUAGAUGGUAUAUUAUACGCAUUUCAAGAACAGACGACAGAGGACGUUGUCAUGCUUAAUGGUUUUGGUACCAUUGUGAAUACAUUGGGAAAGAGAGUAAAGGCGUAUCUUCCACAAAUAUGUGGUACAAUAUUAUGGAGGUUGAAUAACAAAUCAGCCAAAGUAAGACAACAAGCUGCUGACUUGAUUUCACGCAUUGCUGUUGUUAUGAAAACCUGUCAGGAGGAGAAAUUGAUGGGUCACUUAGGCGUUGUUCUUUAUGAAUAUCUAGGAGAAGAAUAUCCGGAAGUGUUAGGUAGCAUUUUAGGCGCGUUGAAAGCUAUUGUUAAUGUUAUAGGAAUGACAAAAAUGACACCACCAAUUAAAGAUUUGUUACCGCGACUUACUCCUAUUUUGAAAAACAGACACGAGAAGGUACAAGAAAAUUGUAUCGAUCUCGUUGGUAGAAUUGCGGAUAGAGGACCCGAAUAUGUAUCUGCUAGGGAAUGGAUGAGAAUAUGUUUUGAACUUUUAGAAUUGCUUAAAGCUCACAAAAAAGCAAUUAGAAGAGCUACGGUGAACACUUUUGGUUAUAUUGCAAAAGCGAUAGGACCACACGAUGUGUUAGCAACUCUAUUGAACAAUUUGAAAGUUCAAGAACGACAAAAUCGUGUAUGUACUACAGUUGCCAUAGCUAUUGUUGCUGAAACCUGUAGUCCGUUCACGGUACUACCGGCAUUAAUGAACGAGUACAGAGUACCAGAACUGAAUGUACAGAACGGUGUACUAAAAUCGUUAUCCUUCUUGUUUGAAUAUAUCGGGGAAAUGGGAAAGGAUUAUAUUUAUGCGGUUAGUCCACUGUUAGAAGAUGCAUUGAUGGACAGAGAUUUAGUGCACAGACAAACAGCUUGUGCUGCAAUCAAACACAUGGCACUAGGUGUUUAUGGGUUCGGUUGUGAAGACGCGUUGAUACAUUUAUUGAAUCACGUAUGGCCCAAUGUUUUUGAAACGUCGCCACAUUUAGUUCAAGCAUUCAUGGAUGCCGUGGAUGGCUUACGUGUCGCUCUUGGACCAAUUAAAAUAUUGCAAUACACCUUACAGGGAUUGUUCCAUCCGGCAAGAAAAGUACGUGAUGUAUAUUGGAAAAUUUAUAAUUCUCUUUACAUAGGUGGACAGGAUGCCCUCGUAGCUGGAUAUCCUCGAAUUAUGAAUGAUCCAAAGAAUCAGUAUAUUAGAUAUGAAUUGGACUAUGUUUUGUAAUAAUUUAAGUAUAUGUAAAAGACGUGUAUCAUACAUUUAUAUAAUCUUCAUAAAGGUUAACAUAAAUUAGCUUAUUAUCGUUUACGAGAAUUAGCUGAAUAGACGUAUGUCAUGUGACACAUAAGGUAGACACUAAAAUGGAUAUUUGAAAGUAUUUAUUUCCUGGACUUCUUUAAUCAAGUUACGCAUCGAUCUUCAUUAAAAAAUUAAUUCUAAUUACAGACUUGCUUAAGGAGAAAUAUGUCUCAGUCCUUAUAUGAAUAAACUAUUUCAUAUCGUAAGCAAUAUAGAAUUUAUUUCGCAACAUUAAUUUCUACGACGUGCAAUUACGUAUUCCGUUAACUAUUAUUUGUAUUUUAAUAGAAGGAAGAUGUAAUGGAUAAUAAAAAUAUCAAUUUUUUAAAUAUUUUAUUUUUAAAACAAAUAUUAAAUAACUAAAUGAGACUAGGUGACAAUAUAUAUAAGUA